AUGGGAGUCUGGAUGAAAAUGAUCCUGAAAGUAAUUUGGUUGGCCAGUAAUGGGUCAAGCAGUAGCAAUUGUACAUCUUCAUCACAUCAGAAAAUCUCAUCAUCUGCUGAAUGGGAGGAGAAAUACCAUGAAAGAGAAGAAUGUCAUCUAGAAACUUUUGUGUACCAAAAGAUACCCCUUCACCAGGAUCACAUGGAGGCUACUUCAAUUAACUUAUUACAGCAUUCAUUACCCUGCAACCCUAAUAUCUCUUCAGAGUUCAAGAUGAUUCUAAACACAUCUGUUAAUAAACAUACAUCUUUCCAAUAUGACAGUGUUGAAGAUAAAGCUUUUGAACCUCAAGAAGGUUUAGAGCCAGCAGAAUUUGCCUCAGAAGAAAAAAAAAGAAAUAUGUUUAAUGGAAGACGUUUGCUUUCCAUGUUAACAGGCUCAACAAUUGAAGAAAAUUGUCAUACAAGUUUGUCAUGCUCAAAUACUGCAACAGAUUUCAGUCCUGAAGCAUAUAAAAGAAAUAUACAGAAACAAACCUCUCAACCUACAGUAUUUCUAACAGAGAAUUCAGAAAAAAAACUGUAUGAUGGAAAGCGAUUGCUUGCUCUGUUUUCUAGUUCAUCAUCAACAGAAACUAACUCUAAUGUAUCAUCAUAUCAAACAAGUAAAACAGAUUUAGAGCAGGUAGAAUUUCCUACAGAAGAGAAAGGAAGAAAACUGUAUGAUGGAAAUCGUUUACUUGCUCUGUUUUCUAGUUCAUCACCAACAGAAACUAACUCUAAUGUAUCAUCAUAUCAAGCAAUUAAAACAGAUUUAGAGCAGAUAGAAUUUCUUGCAGAAGAGAAAGGGAGAAAACUUUAUGAUGGAAAUCGUUUGCUUGCCAUGUUCACAGAUUCAACAAUGAAAGAAAAUGUCACUACAAGCUUAACACAUUCAGAUAGUUCACCAGAUUUCAUUUCUAAAUUAGACAUGGGAAAAAUUCCAGGACAAAGUGCUCAACCUAAUGUCAUACUUACAGAGAAUGCUGAAAUAAAACUCUGUGAGGGAAAGCUUUCGAUUCCUAUGUUGGCAACCUCAAUCGGACAAAAAACUAAUUCUGAAAUGUUGUCAUUUCCAGUAAUUCAAACAGAUUUUAAUAUUACAAAAGACUCCCACUUAACUAUAUUAAAAGAUUCAUCUCAAGGCAUUCAUUUUACAAAAUGCAAUCAAGACAUAAAUUUGACAAAAAGAUUUUAUGAAGGUGAUGGUAAUGGAAUUGAAGAAACCAUUUGUUUAGGGCAGAUUUCUUCGGCUAUACCCACAGAAUGUGAACAAGAUGUAAAUGUGACAAAAAGAUUUUGUGACUAUGAUGAUGACAAUGGGAUUGAAGAAACCACUUGUUUAGGACAGAUUUCUUCAGGUAUACUCACAAAAUGUGAUCAAGAUAUAAAUGUGACAAAAAGAUUCGAUGAAGAUGAUGGUAGUGAAAUUGAAGAAACCACUUGUUUAGGGCAGAUUUCUUCAGGUGAUCAAGAUAUGACUAUGAAAACAAGAUUAUAUGAAGAUGUCAAAAAUGGAUUUCAAGAAACAACAUGUUUAGACCAGAUUUCUGCAGGUAUGCUCACAGAAUGUGAACAAGACUUAAAUGUGACAAAAAGAUUCUAUGAAGAUGAUGACAAUGGAAUUGAAGAAACCACAUGUUUAGGACAGAUUUCUUCAGGUAUGCCAACAAAAUAUAAUCAAGACAUAAAUUUGACAAGAAGAUUCUAUGAAGGUGAUGGUAAUGGAAUUGAAGAAACCACUUGUUUAGGACAAAUUUUGCUCAUAAGAUGUGAUCAAGAUGUAAAUGUGACAAAAAGAUUUGAUGAAGAUGAUGACAAUGGAAUUGAAGAAACCACUUGUUUAGGACAGAUUUCUUCAGGUAUGCCUACAAAAUAUAAUCAAGACAUAAAUUUGACAAGAAGAUUCUAUGAAGGUGAUGAAACCACUUGUUUAGGACAAAUUUUGCUCAUAAGAUGUGAUCAAGAUGUAAAUGUGACAAAAAGAUUUGAUGAAGAUGAUGACAAUGGAAUUGAAGAAACCACUUGUUUAGGACAGAUUUCUUCAGGUAUGCCUACAAAAUGUGAUCAAGAUAUGAUGAUGAAAGAAAGAUUAUAUGAAGGUGGCAAAAAUGGGUUUGAAGAAACAUCAUGUUUAGGCCAGAUUUCUGCAGGUAUGCUCACAGAAUGUGAACAAGACUUAAAUUUGACAAAAAGAUUUUAUGAAGAAGAUGACAAUGGAAUUGAAGGAACCACUUGUUUAUGGCAGAUUUCUUCAGGUAUGUCAACAAAAUAUGAUCAAGACGUAAAUUUGACAAGAAGAUUCUAUGAAGGUGAUGGUAAUGGAAUUGAAGAAACCACUUGUUUAGGGCAGAUUUUGCACACAAGAUGUGAUCAAGACAUAAAUGUAACAAGAAGAUUCUAUGAAGGUGAUGGUAAUGCAAUUGUAGAAACCACUUGUUUAGGGCAGAUUUUGCCCACAAGAUGUGAUCAAGACAUAAAUGUCACAAAAAGAUUUUAUGAAGAUGAUGGUAAUGGAAUUGAAGAAACCACUUGCUUAGGGCAAAUUUCUUUAGGUGUACCCACAAAAUGUGAUCAAGACAUAAAUGUCACAAAAAGAUUUUAUGACGAUGAUGGUAAUGGAAUUGAAGAAACCACUUCUUUAGGGCAGAUUUCUUUAGGUAUGCCAACAAAAUAUGAUCAAGACAUAAAUUUGACAAAAAAAUUGUAUGAAGGUGACAGUACUGGAAUUGAAGAAACCACUAGUUUGGGGCACAUUUCUUUGGGUAUAACCACAGAAUGUGAACAAGAUGUAGAUGUGACAAAAAGAUUCGAUGAAGGUGAUGGUAAUGGAAUUGAAGAAACCUCUUAUUUAGGGCAGAUUUCUUCAAGUAUACCCACAGAAUGUGAACAAGAUGUAAAUGUGACAAAAAGAUUCAAUGAAGGUGAUGGUAAUGGAAUUGAAGAAACCACUUGUUUAGGGCAGAUUUCUUUAGGUGUACCCACAAAAUGUAAACAAGACAUAAAUUUGACAAAAAGACUUUAUGAAGUUGAUGACAAUGGAAUUGAAGAAACCACUUGUUUAGGGCAGAUUUCUACUCAUCUUCACACAAAAUGUGGCCAAGAUUUAAAUUUGACAAAAAAAUUCUAUGACAAUGAUGGUAAUGGAAUUGAAGAAACUACUUGUUCAGGGCAGGUUUCUAUUAAUGUCUUCACAAAAUCUGAUCAAGAUAUUAAGGUGGCAAAAAAAUUCUGUAAAGAUGCCAGUAAUGGAUUUAAAGAAACCACAUCUGGUCAGAUUUCUACAGGACUUCCCUCAAAAUCUAAUCAAGAUUUGCCUGUAACAAGAAAAGUCUAUGAUAAUGAUAGGAAAGAAAUUAAAGAUACAUCCUUAGGCCAUGUUUCUACAGGUCUUCCCACAAAAGAUUUAAAUGAAACUAAGACCUCUUAUGAAGAUAUGAAUAGCAUCCAGCUGAUUUCAGAUGGUGUAAAAAAGAAACAGAAUGCAAUGCUUAAAAAGACAUAUUUACACAGACCUUUCGAUCAAAGCAAACAGGUGAAAGCAAAGGUGGGCCUCUCUUCUUUACAGAGAAUUCUUAAUAAUAAAAAACUUCUAAAACAAAAGUCUUCAAAGGUGGAAUCCAUAACUGGUGUUUCACAAAAGAUAGGUCCUUUAUCCAACUUUGACAGCACUAUUCAACAAAUUAGCAAGAUUGAAUCAUUAUCUGGUGUUGCACAAGAGAUAAGCCCUGUAUUGAAAUUGAACAGCAGUGUUCAACAAAUUACUAAGAUUGAAUCAAAAUCUCGUGUUACACAAGAGAUAACUCCAAUACUGAACUCAGACAGCAGUAUUCAAGAGAUUGCUAAGGCUGAACCUGGAGUUGCUGUCUCAUGUGAGAUUAGUCCGUUGCUGAACAGCAGUAUUUUUAAGAUAGAAGACUCAAAAGACAGUACUAUGAUGAAAGGGUCCUCUUUGUGUCAUUCACUGUUAUUUCAACACCAGCAAAAUUUUAUAGGAAGUUAUUUUGAGGAAAAUAACUUUGAAAGCAAGAUGGAGAAAACAGAAAUAAAUUCAGCUAACCACAGAGAUUAUGUACAAAAUCAAGAUAUGAUAUCCAAGACAGAGGUCAACCACAGCUUAACAGAUCAAAAAAAGAAUGGGAUCCAUGUCUGUCAUUCUUCCUCUCCUGAUGUUAGGAUAACCGAUAUUUGUCAAGUGACUAGUGGUGUCUCAUGCACCUCAGAAGCCACAACUACCAGCUGUGUGGUUAUUGCUCGAGUUCUUGAUUGUCAACAAACUUUUAGUAAUCAGAAAACAUAUAAUGAAACAAUUAAAGAUGUUAAUAUUGAUGAUCAGAAACAAUUAAAUCUUCUUCCUGAUGAUCAGAAGCUGGCAAAAUUUCAUGCUGACCAAAACAAAGAAGCCAAUGAAUUCAAAGAAAACAUUGCCAAAUAUCAAGAAUUAACACACCUUAGUAUCAGCCAAAAGGAAAGAGGAUUGUUACCCAAAAACCAAAUACUGGGCAAGUCCACUCAAGAAGACAGUGAAGAUUUAGAUGGAGAAUCUAAUUCGUUACAAAUUUUACAAGCUCAAAGGUCAGAACAAACAAGAAAGAGGUCAAAACCUGCAGAUUCUGAAAACUUGUCUUAUUGUGAAGAAAAACGAAAAAAAAUUAUAGAUGAACCAUCUCAACAUUUACAAGGAACAUUAGAGACUAAGAAAGAUCAUAAGUUACAAGUUGAAAGACCUAUAUCUAAUACUAAUAAAGAUUCACAACCUAUAGAAUAUAAUAAGUUAUUACCUGUACAAGAUAAAAACCUGCAACUUACAUAUAGUGAAAGCUUACAAGCUACACUGGUUGAAAGGACACAGCAUGCAGAAGGUGAUAGGCUAGAACCUGCUGAAAUAAAAGAAAUUCAACCUGCAAAAGAUCAAAAGAUACAACCAACAAAAGGUGAAAGAGAAGGAAUACAGCCUGCAGAAAGUGUUAGAGAAGGGGCUACUGAAAUGGGGGGAAUACAGACUGGAAAAGAUGAAAUGACACAACAUUCAAAGGGUGAAAGAGAGGGAAUACAGCCUACAGAAGGUGGUAUAGAAGGGGCUAUUGAAAUUGAAGGAAUACAGCCUGAAGAAGAUGAAAGAAAAGAAGUACAGCCUACAUGUAAUGGAGUAGGGGCUAGUGAAAUGGAAGGAAUGCAGCUCAAAGAAGGUGAAAUGAUACAACCUGCAAAAGGUCAAAGAGAAAGAAUACAGCCUGAAAAAGGUGAAAGAGAGGGAAUACAGCCUGCAGCAAGUGAUAGAAUAGGGGCUACUGAAAUGGAACGAAUACAGCCUACAAAAGAUAAACAGUUGCAAGCUUCAGUAAAUACGAAGCUGGAAAUCUCAGAUACUGAAAGAUUACAUCCUUCAGAAAAUAUAACACUACAAACUAUGAAUAAUACAAGCUCUCAGUCCCCGAAUAGAAAGGGUUUACAACAGGCAAAAGGUAUAAAGAUACAGCCAACAAAUAAUGAAAACAUUCAGUCUUUGCAAGGUGAAAGAUUGUAUUGUACACAUGAUGAAAAGUUGCAAUAUUCAGAAAUUGAAAGGAUGCAGUCUGGUGAUAGUGGAAGAUCAAACUCUAGUAAAUAUGAAAGACACUGUGCCAGUGAAGAGCUUCAGAUGGCAGAAUUGGAUGACACAGAAACAAUUCAACUGGUUCAACCCCAUCCACUGAAGGCUUUGUUUUUCCCUGUUUUGUCUCUAUUAAAUGGUUUCAGGGAAUGGGACUUAAAGGAUUUGACAGAAGACCAAGCGGUUUUCAGUUUUCUCUGGCAUGCUGUGCAAUUGGUGGUGAAAUUUUCAGAUAAUGAUAUACAUCUUUGUGACUUCGAACAAGAAACCACUGUAUGUCGGAAAGUGUCUCAUGUGAGCCUAAAAUGUUGUGUAGAAGUAAAUGCUCAUCCUGUGAAAAAACUUGCUUUCUCCAUCAUUGAAGAAAGCUUGAAUGAAGAAGAGUUAAAAUACAAAUAUCCAACCACAGCUGACCUUCCUAAACUGUUACAAGAAGUGUCUUCAACAGUAUACAGAGCUCGUGUCCUUGUCUUAGACUGGCAGCAUGUAUCCAUGAGGCAUCAAACGUUUUUAUUAAAUAAUAGACUCUCUGUCAACAUAGUCAAUUUUGCCCAACAUCUCAAGAUGAUCCUUACUUUCAACAUUGAAACAGCAGUGUAUCCAUUCAAGGUUAUUAAACCAGAGGUUCAUGCAGUUGUGGGCUCCUUGAGUAAUGAGAAGGUCCAAGAAGUGACCACAGAGGUUCAACCUGGGAGAAACUACAUAUGGAAAAUUGUUCAGGCUGUGGAAAGAAUGUUGAGCUUGCUACCACCGAAACAUAACCUUGUUUUACAAGAUACAUAAGAUAAUUAUUUCUACCUAGACUUUCAUUUGAACAGCUUGUAUGUUUCAGUUCAUAAUUUCAAAUGAUGACAACCUUUGAUGGUCUACUGUGUUUAGAAAAAUUAUUUUUAUAAUCAAAUGUAAAUUCUUUGCUAUCUCUAUAGCUUUAAUUUUUGCACUAUUUAUACUUUAUUAUGAUGUAUUUCUUUAAUAUCUUAUAUUUUUAUUCAAUGUUUCAUCUG